GGCAGCUGGUGCUGACCGUGUAACCUAAAGGAGGAAAUAGCUGGCUAAGCACAGCCUUGGUACUGGAAACAAUCAAAAAAGAGGUUCCUGGAGUGAGUGCUUCUUGAGAAGUGGCCACCAUGUCCUUGAAGAUCCAGACAAGCAAUGUAACCAAUAAGAAUGACCCCAAAUCCAUCAACUCACGGGUCUUCAUCGGAAAUCUCAACACAGCUGUGGUGAAGAAGUCAGAUGUGGAGACCAUUUUCUCCAAGUAUGGCCGUGUGGCCGGCUGUUCUGUGCACAAGGGCUAUGCCUUUGUCCAGUACGCCAAUGAGCGCCAUGCCCGGGCAGCUGUGCUGGGAGAGAAUGGGCGGGUGCUGGCCGGGCAGACCCUGGACAUCAACAUGGCUGGAGAGCCCAAGCCCAACAGACCCAAGGGGCUAAAGAGAGCAGCAUCUGCCAUAUACAGUGGCUACAGCUUUGACUAUGAUUACUACCGGGACGACUUCUACGACAGGCUCUUCGACUACCGGGGCCGCCUAUCGCCUGUGCCAGUGCCCAGGGUGGUCCCUGUGAAGCGACCCCGGGUCACAGUCCCUUUGGUCCGGCGUGUCAAAACUACCAUACCUGUCAAGCUCUUUGCCCGCUCCACAGCCAUCGCCACCAGCUCAGUCAAGAUCAAGUUAAAGAGCAGUGAGCUACAGGCCAUCAAGACAGAGCUGACACAGAUCAAAUCCAACAUUGAUGCCUUGCUGGGCCGCUUGGAGCAGAUCGCUGAGGAGCAAAAAGCCAAUCCAGAUGGCAAGAAGAAGGGCGACAGCAGCGCUGGCAGUGGCAGUGGUGGUGGUGGCAGCAGUGGCAAUAGUGGCAGCAGCAGCCGGCCACCAGCCCCCAAAGAGGACACGCCUUCCGGGGUAGGCACGCCCCAAGGAGAAGCACAGGCUCGAGACGACGGUGACGAGGAGGGAUUGCUGGCACCUAGCGAGGAAGAGCUGGAGCACAGCCAGGACACAGAUGCGGAGGAUGGGGCCUUGCAGUAAGCAGCCUGACAGGAGCGAUGGCCACCAGCAGGAGAAAGGCAUCGCUGCCCCAGGCUUCAAGCUGGGCACCCGCCCUGGAUGCCAACCCCCAGCGGGUACCAGAGGAGAGCAGGCAGCAGGCACCUCCUCCCCCGUGCAUCCCAGGCAAUGUCACAUCCUCUGCAGGUGGAGUUUCCAGCCUACCCCUUCCCUGUGCACCCUUCCUGUGUGCUCUGUCCAGGCCAGAGGGCAGAGCACAAGUGUCUGCCCACACUCUGCCUCCCUUCCCCCAGGACACUCCUAGGCUUGGGGUUUUUCUAUAGGUUUGGAGGGGGGCCCACAGGGAGGGACCCCAACAAUAAAGAGAUUGGAUCCAGA